GUUUGAUAAUUUUAAUUUUGUUUAUGGUGUGCCGGUUUUAUAAGUAGUUACUAAAUAUUCUUUACUACGGCAACAUGAAGCUGUUAGCACGAUGUGUUCGAUAUUAUUCCACGAAACCACAAUUACCAAAAUGUGAUUUUAAACCUAAACCGUACAAGGGUCUCAGUUACGAUGAAAUGACCAACAUACGAAAGACUUACGUGAAUCCAGCUUUGACGACUUACUAUACUAAACCCCUUGCAUUACAUCAAGGUUACAAACAAUGGCUUUUUGAUAUCGAAGGAAAAAGAUACUUAGAUAUGUAUGGAGGAGUUUGUACUGUUUCUGUUGGACAUUGUCAUCCGAAAAUAACUAGUGCCAUAAAGGAUCAAAUUGAAACAUUGGGACAUUCCACAAAUAUAUAUUAUCAAACUAAGAUUCACGAAUAUGCUAAAAAGUUAGGAGAUAAAUUACCAGGCAACUUGGAAUGUAUAUAUUUUGUAAAUAGUGGUAGUGAAGCUAAUGAUUUAGCAUUGCUAAUGGCUAGAGCUUAUACAGGCAAGUUCGAUGUCAUGUCUCUAAAAAACUGCUACCAUGGAAUGACUUAUCAGGUCAUGGGAAUGACCUCAAAUAAUUAUUAUAAAUAUCCUGUACCAGGAGCUUCUGGAAUGUUUAAGACAAUGAAUCCCGAUAUCUAUCAAGGAAUAUGGGGAGGAAAUAAAUGCCGCGACAGUCUUGUACAAACAGAUAGGCAUUGUGACUGUACUGGAGAAUGUGAAGCAGGUUUAAAAUAUUUAGAACAAUUUGAAUAUGAGUUAAAUCACGAUAUUCCAAAAACUGGGAUAGCAGCUUUUUGGGCCGAAUCUAUUCAAGGACUUGGAGGUGUCGUACAGUAUCCGAAGAAUUUCAUAAAAGGUGUUUAUGAUCGGGUUAGAAGCCAAGGAGGAUUAUAUGUAGCUGAUGAGGUACAAAGUGGAUUCGGUAGAACAGGCGAUUAUUUCUGGGGCUUUGAGAGUCACGGUAUAGUUCCAGAUAUUGUUACUAUGGCAAAGGGUAUUGGCAAUGGAUAUCCCUUAGCAGCAGUAGCCACCACCAAAGAAAUUGCAGCUGCUUUAACCAAAGCUACACACUUCAACACUUUUGGAGGCAAUCCUGUUGCCUGUGCGGUGGGAAUAUCAGUAUUAGAGAUUAUAGAAGAAGAAAAACUACAAGAAAAUUGUAAAAUAGUUGGAACACCUUUAUUACUGGGACUAGAAAAAUUAAAAUCAAAAUUUUCUGUUAUUGGAGAUGUCCGCGGUAAAGGGUUAAUGAUAGGUGUUGAACUAGUGGAAGACAGAGAAAGUAAAAAACCUUUAGACCCUAAGAAAGUUAUGACAUUUUGGGAAAAGUGUUUAGACCUUGGUUUAAUUAUUGGAAAGGGGGGCCUACAUGGAAAUAUAUUAAGGAUCAAACCGCCAAUGUGUGUUACUAAAGAAGAUGCACAAUUUACACUUGAAGUUAUUGAAGUUGCUUUGAAAGACGUAUAAAUCAUAUAAAUGCUUUGCUGUUAUUUUACAUGUUAAAUGUUUGUGGAAAUUCGUUAUUUAUUUGGUGUAACUAUUAAAAGUAUACAUGUGUUUUUCGAAGUACUUAUUUUAAUAAUGUCUAGGUAUCAAUUUAGUGGAAACAAAUUAUAAUAAAC